AUGGCAAAGGCUCAACAUGUAUGGGCCUCCAGUGCAGGACUGCCUUCAACCGGGAGGAUACUCGGCAAAAUACAAGAUGCUAUAUUGAAAACAAAAGUCGGUCAGGAGUUUCGGGAAGAUUGGGUAUUGUCACAGGCGGUUGCAUUGGUCAAGAAGCAGCAUCCGCCAUCGGGCAAGGUGCCAAAAGGCUUCUACAUUGACACCUCUGAAGUGACACCUGAGGAGCAACACGUCCGCAAGGCAAACAUUCGAAAGGCGUGUCUGAAACAAAAGAAGUCCACUGGACACACGCUGUCAAAUAUUGGAUUAGCUAUUGAUAAAAAUAUCAACAUAGACUCCAAUGAUGAAUUAGAAGGAAAUACUCAACCUGGAUCACUUCUGAAUGUGAGGCUUGAUGGACCUGGAGGUUUAAGAGAGGGUGAAGGAUAUGUUGAGCACUGGGAGGGAUCAUUCAGAGAAUUGCAAAACUCGAAAUAUCUUGAAAGAGUCAACAGAUAUCUCAAUUAUAUCGGCCUCUCUGUUAAUCAAGUAACAGCUAUUCAUGCGCUGGAACACUUAGGACACGAGUUAAAGAAGAAGAUAAUUGGUUUUAUGGGAGAGGAUACUUUGCUAGCACCGUUCAUCACCCUGGACAACAUUGACUUCCAACAACACAUCCACACUUCCACUGUUGAGCAAGAAAGCACUAUGUGGCAUGGAUCAUGGGGCUAUACAAAACCUAUUGAUCUUGCCAAAAUUCUACCAACUCCGACCAAGAUUUCAGACUGGGAACUCACUCUAAAGUCUCAAAUUCCACUAGCUCUUGUUAAAUAUGUAGCCAAACCCAUUGACACCAAAAAAAUCCCAUACCCUUCAGAUAAUUCGAUAUCCGGAGUAGGCAAGUUUUAUAACUCUGUAUUGAAUCAAACUGGUUUAUCACAAGAGAAGUAUGCCAGUCAAGCACAAGUCUGGGAGGGUCACUUGGGAAUGGCGUGUAUAGUAGCAAGUGAUGAAUCUGGAUGUGGAGACUUUAGGAAAGGAGCGAACUUUGCUACUCUUGUUGAAGGAUCUUGGUCAAUGUCCGCUGGUGAUGUUGGUCGUAUGUUACGGGUUUGGAAAUGUUGGAGCGUAAAUGCACAUGGAAUGAAACGAUUGAAGCACUACGCCAAUUAUCUGCCACAUUUGAUAGGAACUGGUACUUCAAUUAAGCGACUUCAAGACCUCUACUUGAUCUGUAUCCCAUUGCUACGUGAUUUUCUGCAUAGACUAAAGGGACAUUCUGGGUUGAACAAUGUGUAUCAAUCACAUACUAACAACAUUGAUCAUAGCUCCCUGAGAUCAUUUCUCAGAAUGGCUCAUCAGCACGAUAUCACCACUUGCACCCCUUAUUCAACAUUACCAAAGGGUAGGCCCACCAAUAUGUACUAUGCAGGAAUGAAGGUGUUGCAAUCAUUUGCCCGUGAAGGCAAACUCAAAAAGUUUCAAUGGCCAACUGCUGAGGGAUUUCAUGCACAGACAGGAGGUCGCAAUAAUGAUGAUAGUGGCACUGAAGAUAGUAGCAUUGAUGAUGGUGACUCUGAGUAA